AUGCUCUCACUUCCUCUUCUUGCCAGCUUUGUAGCCGGUGCCAUCGCCCAAGGUGUACAGUAUGGGCAAAAUCAAGUCACUGUUCGGCCUGACCCCAACAUUGUUGCUGCCAACUUUCCAGACACAAAUAUCUCGUUGCUAGCCCCUGCUUUCCUUGACCAAGGUUCGGUGGCAGCUGGCUUCUCGAAUGGAACUCAAGGGCCAACAGAGGAUUCCCAGCUUGAUGACUUCAUCCAAUCCCUAGCGUCUAGGAAUGACUGGAUGACCUACAACAACACCAACUUCGAAUCAGAGGAAGGACGGUCAUUCCCAUAUGUGUACCUAUCACCACCAGGUCAGAACGGGGAAUCAACGGACAGACUUCGAGUCUGGAUCCAAGCAGCAGUCCACGGCAACGAGCCUGCCAGUGACCAGGCGGUUCUGGCACUACUUGGUGAAAUGGAUAGCAAUCAGACCUGGGCGGAAUCACUCUUAGCCUCGAUGGACAUCAUGGUGCUCCCGCGGUAUAACCCUGAUGGUGUGGCCUACUUUCAACGCACACUCGCCACGAAUUUUGACCCGAACCGCGACCACAUCAAACUAGCGCGCCAGCAGACUCGGGACAUAAAGCAAUUGAUAAAUUCGUUUGCGCCGCAUGUCAUCGUCGACAUGCACGAGUAUGGCGCGUCUACCCGUUAUGGAGGCAGUUUCGUGCAUGCGUCAGAUGCGCUAUUCUCGGCCGCGAAAAAUCUCAACAUUGAUAAAAGCAUUCGAGACGUGUCUGAAGAACUCUUUGCCGUUAGGAUGGGCCGAGAUCUGGAGGCACGAGGAUUCCGAUGGGAACCAUAUGUGACCGGGUCCAGUAACCCGACUCCUGGCUCCGAGAUAUUGUUCGCAGAAGCUGGUAGUGACGCUAAAAUCGGGCGCAACGCCAUGGGUCUCACUCAGGCGAUCACGUUUCUAUGCGAGACGCGCGGAAUCGGACUAGCUGAUCAGCAGUUUCAGCGCCGAACAGCGGCAGGCUUAACUAUGGUGCAGAGCAUUCUCCAGACCGCAGCAGACAACGUGGAAGAGGUUUAUCAGGCAGUCGAAGACGGAGUGACGAAUUUCAUCGACGGUCAAGAAGACAUCAUUGUCACCGACUAUUCAGAGGUUUUGAAUCGCACUUAUCUCAUGAUCAAUGUCGACAAUGGGACGGUGGUGGAGCAACCGAUUCAGUUUAGCAGCACCACUCCAACGACAGCAAAUCUUACUCGUACACGACCCGAGUACUACCUCAUUCCUCGAGCAUGGGCUGAUAUCGCUGCACGCAUGGAGACAUAUGGCCUGGAGGUGGAAACUUUGGAGAACACGUACAGUGGUGCUGUAGAGACCUUCAACAUCACAAGUACUGUGGUUAGUUCCACAUAUUACGAAGGGGUUUUCCGUGUUACACUCACAACAGAGACAAUCACGCGGGAUGUCACUCUUCCUCCAGGCAGCUUCCGCAUCAACACCAGACAGAAGAAUGCUGCGCUGGCCUUCAUCGCCUUCGAGCCAGAAAACAUCGACAGUUUAGCCGCAUUCAACGUGAUUCCGCUGGAGGCAGGAGACGAGUAUCCGAUUUUCCGCAUUCUUUCGUAA